GGCACCGACGGCCGUCGCGACGCUCCGCGACGCGUGUGUGUCCGUUCGUUCGAACAUUCGUCGUUCGCGUCGAGGUAAAGAAAGAGAGACGAAAUUCACGCACGGAAAGAUACGAGACCGGCGGGGGAGAAAGCUACGGUUCUCCGCGGAAAGAAAGAGAAAGGGAGAGGCAGUGAGCGAGAGAGCGAGAGAGAGAAAGAGACGAGAGCGUUGCGCGACAGGCCGUCACCAACGGGAUUCGCGUUCUCGGUCGAUCGCCGCAUCCGUUUCUCGCGUUGUGACGAGAGUGUCCUCGGGAUUAUCGGUGCGUCUUGACUCGGCUGGUGCGUUAGUUGCGAGUAAUCAAGUGACUGGAUCAAGAGGGAGGGAGGGAGACAGUGUGCCGCGUGUGCCGCGUGGUGAUCGACGGUAUUCGCUGGAGCAUGCGGCAGUAAAGUAAGGACGACCCGUCGACCCCAGCGCAUGUUUAUCGCCGAACGAUGGCUGGACCACGCGUUUGCCGGUUCUUCGUCAUUCUGGGAUACCUGUCGCUCGUCCUGGUGCUCGCCCAGAACCCCGUGGAGGAUAAGACCACCUUCGAGGCUGCUUUCCAAGGAAGAUGCGGGCACGGGUCGCCGUGCGAGCAGCUCUGCUAUGAGCUCCACGAUGGCAUGUACGAGUGCGACUGCAGAGACGGCUAUAUACUUCAUAAAAAUGGAUACAGUUGCGCAGAGCUCAACUCGACGUCCCCGUCGACCAGCGAGCUCGGCGAGCUCGUCGACGAAAUCGAGAGCGGCGAGGUGAACGCCGCGGACGACGAAGACGCGGUCGAGGACAUCCUUUACAUGCGCGGUGCAACCUUCACGAUACAUCUGGACACUUCGGCCGAAAAUUCCAGUAGGAACGCGACGAAGAUAAACGAGGAAAACGGCGCGGCGGAUCGGGUCGAGCUGCGCGCCACGUCUCAGGGUCCAAAUCUGGAGCAAAAACUGCCAUCCACGAUGGAGAGCAUCGUGAGUACCGAGCCAGCGUGUUCUUUGGAUUGCGGACCGGCUGGAAAUUGUUAUAUCGAGCAAUCUCGCGGAGAUGAAGUUGAUGUGGUGAUCGAGGAAGACGACGAGGGAGCCAUGGAUCUCGAGGGCAAUAGCGUGAAUCUCAGGCGAAGGCAAGGAACGUUCAGGCAGAGAUGCCAGUGCCCACUUGGAAGGGGUGGAGAUCGUUGUCAGCUCGAGGCUGAAGUGAGAUCGCCACGUUUCACUGGGUCCGGCUGGCUGGCUUUUCCUGCCUUAAGGGCUGCUUACAAACACGUCCAAUUAGAGCUGGAAUUUCGGCCCGAAGCGUGGGACGGCGUGCUGCUGUUAGCGGGAGAACGGGAUGAUCUUCAGGGCGAUUUCAUGGCCUUGAUACUGCAUCACGGUUUCAUCGAAUUUAGGUUCGAUUGCGGCAGCGGUGUGGGCACGGUGAGGAGCACGGAGACGGUGAGGCUGAAUGAGUGGAACACCCUGAGUGUCUACAGACAUCGAUGGGACGCCUGGAUCCAGCUGAAUCAGGAGAAGAGGGUGGAGGGACGCUCGAAGGGCUUGUUCUCGAGGAUUACGUUCCGUGAGCCGCUCUUCGUCGGCGGGCCCGGAAACACGACCGGUUUGGAGCGACUUCCGGUGAGGACCGGAUUUAAGGGCUGCAUCCGGCAUUUGGAGGCGAACGAGCACCACUAUCGCUUCCCGUUGGCCCCGCAGGGCGACGCCGCGAACGGAUUCGACGUCGAGGAGUGCACGGCCGACAGGUGCAGCAAGGUGCCGUGUUCCCACGGUGGGAAAUGCCUGACUACCGGAGGCGACACCGCUGUCUGUCUCUGCCCACUCGGCUACACGGGCGAUCUCUGCGAGACCCGGGUGGACCUGCAGGUUCCAUCCUUCAACGGAUCUUCUUACCUACGUUAUCCGGGAUUGGCGGACACGUCGCUGUCGUGGCUGGAAUUGUCCGUCACGUUAAAACCGACCGCCCAGGACGGCGUAAUACUCUACAACGGCCAUCACAGCGACGCCACCGGUGACUUUAUUGCGCUCUAUCUCUCCUCGGGCCACGUGCAGUUCACCUUCGACCUCGGAACAGGACCUGCCACUUUGAGAAGCGAGAAUCCGGUUCGUCUCGGCGAAUGGGUCGAAGUUCGGGUCUCUAGGACAGGUCGUUUGGCGUCUCUGGAAGUCGAGGACGGCCCUGCCCAGGAAAUCUUGGCGCCCGGAGCGUUCACGCAAUUAUCCUUACCGCUGAACCUCUAUCUGGGCGGCGCGCCUUCGUCCGACAUGUACUCGCCGAAGAUGAAAACUACGGCCAGCUUCGUCGGCUGCAUUCAGACGAUCGUGCUGAAUAAUCGCGAGGUGGGCAUCCUGGCCGAGGCAUUGGGCGGAGUGAACGUGGGGAACUGCGGGCACGCAUGCGAGGCGAGACCCUGCGGCGACGCGGAGUGUCGGCCUCUCCGAGAGCGCUUCACCUGCCGAUGCCGUCCGGGCGUACCGCACCCUUGUCCCGCGCCAGAUGACUACACGCCUCUGGUCCCGCCGCCGGCCAAGACCAGUGCCCUGACAUCCGUGAGAUACGAGAGGGCCGUGCCGAGCUUCACCGGCAGCGAGAGCUACCUGCACUACAACGACGCCGACACGAUGAAGAGGAUAAUCAGCUACAGGGUAGACAUCAACAUGAGAUUCCGCGCCAGUAGCAGCAGCGGCCUGCUGCUCUGGAGCGGCCGGCAGUCGGAUCCUCAGGAACAAAGGGACGAGAACGAUGACUUCCUCGCCCUCGGCCUGGAUCACGGCUACCUUACCCUCGCGUACAAUUUAGGCUCCGGGGAAGCCGUGCUGCGAUACAAUAUCACACGACUCGACGACGAUCUGUGGCAUCGUAUCAGGGCGGUUAGAAACGAACAAUGGGCGUCUCUGGUGGUAGAUAGCGGUACCGGGGUCUCGGCAUCCUCUCCGGGACAACUGAGACAGUUGAACACCGAUACCGGCCUCUACGUUGGCGGCGCGCCGGACAUCGUGAGGACAACGGGCGGUAGAUACGCCAAGGGCAUCGUAGGUUGCAUCAGUGACCUCGUGCUGGACUCGGACUUCUCCGUCGCCCUAUCGUCGCCCGCCCAAGCAACCAACACGCAUUCGUGCAUCCCCUGAAAGAGAGAUACUCGUGCCGUCCGACGUCAGAUGGUGUCGGGCCCUGCCCGAAGCUAGGAAUAUGAAAAUUUAAGGAAAUCACACUCGUGAACACACACACACACAAACACACAC